AUGCCUGGUCACAGAAACAACAACUGUCCAGACAAGAAACAGGCUGACCAGAAGGAGGCUCGCGGUAUCACUCACAACAAGAAUCGCGACUUUGACCCUGAAUUGGACAAGAAAACCUUCGCCGGCUUGACAUCACUGUGUCAUCUAGUACGGCGACCCGAGUACAUCUACGCUGACUCUGGCACCACUCAUCACAUGAUGAGCAACCGGUCUUAUUUUGAAAAUCUUCGUGAUAUACCUCCGGGCUCGUGGACGGUGAAUGGUGUUGGCAACACAAUUCUUCAUGCAGCCGGCAUUGGGACUGUUCCGAUUCACUCCUACGUCAAUGGAAAAGUCUUGGAGGGCGAAUUAAAAGAAGUUCUCUACGUCCCUGAAUUGGGUGUAAACCUUUACUCGAUCGGUCGUGCGGCCGACAUGGGUAUUAAUGUUAACUUUAGCGGUGACGACGUGGAGUUUACAAAGGACGGUACUGGAAUAAUGGUCGGUCAAAAGCAGGGAAAUUCCCUUUAUCAUUUGAAAAUUGUUCCAAAGCUCAUUGAUCACAAAGAAGAAACAGCUAAUGCUGCUGCCCAUGGUGAAAUUUCUCUUCGCCUUGCACAUCUCCGUCUCGUCCAUCUCAACGACCAAACCAUCAUAAGACAAAACCGAAUUGGAGCUGUCAAAGGAUUUGAUGUCUCAACUAGGAAAUGCAAAACCGACUGUGUAUGUGAAGGAUGCGCACUUGGGAAGAUGAUGCGUUCUCCAUUUCCACCUGGUAGAACCAGAGCGACAGAAGCUGGCGGUAUCAUUCACACGGACGUUGGCUUUGUCUCUAUUCCCACCUCAAGAGGUGAAAUAUGCUACACAACCUUCAAAGACGACUACUCUGGAUGGACGUCAGUGCUGGCCAUCUUCUUAACUUCAUUGCCUUCGUUGAAACCUCGACUGGUAACAAAGUGA